UUUAAUUAAUUGAAUUGGAUUGAAUGGGAUGAGCUGUUUUUUUGUAUUAAACAUUCAAAAUUAAUACAUUCCUUUCCUGUACAAUUACGCUUAAUUCUUUGCUUAAAUAGUUUUAUUAUUUGAGUUAAUAAUAUGUAUAUAUAUCUGAGUCCAAACAGCUGACUCGGUUGGUGGCCUCAUCAUCAUCAAUGGCGGGAGAAGGCGGUAGUGGUUGUUCUGGACCGGACGAUCUUUCCUCCCCCAAGAACAGGAUCAAGUUUUUGUGUAGCCAUGGCGGCAAAAUCCUCCCCAGGCCAACAGACGGCCACCUCAAGUACGUAGGCGGAGAGACGCGAGUCAUUGCUGUUCCUCGCGAUAUUACAUUCUCAGAGCUAGAUAAAAGGCUUUUGGAUAUGAGUGAAGGGGAUAACAUGGUCCUUAAAUACCAAUUGGGCUCUCAGGAUCUGGACGCCUUAGUCUCUGUAAGAACUGAUGAAGAUCUAAAGCACAUGCUCCAUGAAAUCGAUCGUCAGGAGACCGAAGGCUUCCCAAAGCUCCGUACUUUCUUGUUCCCUUCUAAGCCUGUCAUUGUUAUAGACAAUAACCCACCCUCUUUCAUGGAACCCCAUUCCUUUGAGCAGCGUUAUAUUGAUGCAAUUAAUGGCGUGGUUCGUACAACUCGGAGGCCCAAAAUUGCUUCUAGCGCUAUACACACUCCCACCUUUACCAUUUCCUCUACUUGUUCUUCCCCACAUUCCAACUCCCCAGAGCACCGAGGUAUUGAAUCUGUUGUGGCUGUAGCAGGGCCUGAAAUGCUUUUAAAUGGGUAUCAGAGGAGUGCUAAUAUGCAUAGAGUUCACAGUUCUCCAACCCUUUAUCGUUCAAACAGUCCUCAACGCAGCAAUAGUGUUCAUCGUCCUCAGGCCUAUCACUAUGGCCCUCCCCACCAAAAUAACCAUGGUUACCAAUCUUCUAAACAGCUCGGUUUGGAUCUUCAAAAAGCUGCAGCCACUGAGCGGCUGGCACCGGCUGUGUCAUUGGUGAGAGGGGAGUUCAGAAGAGGCGUGUUGGGCCAUGGAGUUGAUCAUCAGUACCACUACCCAAAUAGGCAUUACAGAGGGAGUGGAGGAGGAGGUGGAUAUGAUGAUUUUCUAGCUUAUGGUAAUUCUCAUGGGAUUGAUAAAGAAGAGAGUCUUCCCAAGAGUCCCAGAAAGAAAUUUUGGGAGUAGAAUUAUAUAGUAUUAGUAUCUAAUUAUGAAACUUGGAUACCUGUGAUUUGUACAGACGAUUCUUUUACUUUGCAAACUUUUUUUUGAAAAUUGUGAGGUUAUAUAAUGGUGUUAAUAUUAGUCGUGUUGUUUUGUUCUGUGAUAAUAUCUAGGCUGAUGUGUAAUAUUGAAUUGAAUUCCAUAAGAUAAAUGAAUGCUGCACCGGGUGAAGUAAAUCCGAAUUGUCGGAAAGUUUGAACUCAAGGUUCCUAUAC